AUGUCUACGUUCGAACCAGUUGUCGUUAUUGACGGUAAGGGCCACUUAUUGGGCCGUUUAGCCUCGAUCAUCUCGAAACAGAUUCUCAAUGGUCAAAAAGUUGUCGUUGUCAGAUGUGAAGAAUUGAACAUCUCGGGGGAAUUUUUCAGAAACAAGUUGAAGUACCACGACUACUUGAGAAAGAGCACUCGUUACAACAAGACCAGAGGUCCUUUCCACUUUAGAGCGCCAUCCAGAAUCCUUUACAAGGCUAUCAGAGGUAUGAUCCCACACAAGACAGCUAGGGGUAAGGCUGCUUUGGAAAGAUUGAAGGUUUUCGAAGGUAUCCCACCACCAUACGACAAGAAGAAGAGAGUCGUUGUGCCACAAGCCUUGAGAGUGUUGAGAUUGAAGCCAGGUAGAAAAUACACCACUGUUGGUAAAUUGUCCACUUCAGUUGGUUGGAAAUACGAGUCUGUUGUUGACAAGUUGGAAGAAAAGAGAAAAUUGCAAUCUGCUGAAUACUAUGCUAAGAAGAAGGCUUUGAACAAGAAGUUGAAUGCUGCUGUUGCUGCAACUGCUGAAUCUGACGUUGCUCAAAAAUUGGCCACUUUCGGUUACUAA